AGGGGCGCAGUGGGAGGAGCGCAGGGGCAAGGGCAAGGGCCUGGGCCUCUGGGUGAGCGAGCUGUGGGCUUGCGGAGGGUUAGUGACCGGCGCGCCGGGCCAUCGCCUCUGCCGCGUUGCCGGGGAGGACUAGAAAGUCCGGACAUGUUAAUGAAAGUGGGACCGAACCUUAAGCUAUUGCUCUCAGUUUGGAAUAUUCUGGGUAAACUGAGCAGACGCCAAAGAACAACCGCCCCUCUGCACCAGGCUCUUCUCCCCACCACCUCUCCCCAGGGGACGUCUGGACACAGGAAAUUUCAGAAGACAUUUUCAAAGCUAAUCAUGAAAACAUUUGUCAUUGGGAUUGGUGGUGUGACAAAUGGUGGGAAGACAACACUGGCUAAAAAAUUGCAAAAACAUCUCCCAAACUGCAGUAUCAUAUCUCAGGAUGAUUUCUUUAAGCCACCGUCUGAGAUAGAGACAGAUAAAAAUGGAUUUCUGCAGUACGAUGUGCUUGAAGCGCUUAACAUGGAAAAAAUGAUGUCCACCAUUUCUUGCUGGAUGCAAAGCCCGAGACACUCUCCAGUAUCAACAGAGAGAAACACUGAGGACGUUCCCGUAUUAAUCAUCGAAGGUUUCCUUCUCUUUAAUUAUAAGCCCCUUGAGACUAUAUGGAAUAGAAGAUACUUUGUGACCAUUCCAUAUGAAGAAUGUAAGAGGAGGAGGAGCACGAGGGUCUAUGAACCUCCAGACCCCCCAGGGUACUUUGAUGGCCACGUGUGGCCCAUGUAUCUAAAGCACAGACAAGAAAUAGAGGACAUUGAGUGGGAAAUUGUUUACCUGGAUGGAACAAAAUCUAAAGAGGACCUCUUUUCACAAGUGUAUGAAGAUCUAAGACAAGAACUGGCAAAGCAAAAAUUGUCCUGCAAAGCCAGCCUGGAGGGAUCCUCAGCAUAGCCUGCUGUAACCCGCAAUUCAGGAAGGAGCUAGUGGGGAGGACUUUCAGGUGUUUCAUUUGACUACUCUUUAAGUUUCUCAUAACAUCUCAUAAACCUGCUCAACUAAUUUUCCACUCUAAGCACGUAAAAUCAUAAUUGUGAUAAAGUCAUAAUAAUGAAUGGGAAACAACAAAGACUGAAUUUGAUUAAUAAGAAACACUAAAUGACCGAGGAGAAUAAGGAUAUGAAGUUAUAUAUUUAAUUCCAUCCUUCUUAAAUCCAGACUUUGAAGCGAAAUUGAAUGAUUACCUAUUCUCACUAUAACAUAGGCAGUCUAGUCA